AUGAUAUUCUUUUUACACUCUCUCUGUUAUUCUUCAGUUACCUCCUCCUACCAUCACCCUCUUAGAUUCCUCCUCUCUUUUUCUCUGCAUGCACUCCUCCCCUUCAGCUGGUCGUUUUCUAUGUGUCCUCUUCUUGUUUUUACGUAUCUUCUCACCCCUUACUCUCUUCAGUCAGUAUUUAACAUUCUCCCUACCCACUCUCUCAUUCAAUCACUUCCCUCUCUCUCUCUCUCCCUCCCUCGCUCCCCCCUUACUCCCUCCCGCUUUCUGUCUUCUUUUCGGCCUCUCUUCCAAGUUGUUUCACCUAACGUCCUUUCCUUCUUUCUUUCUUUCUUUCUUUCCUUCUUUUUUUCUUUCUUUCUUUCUUGUUGUUUAAUAAUUUUUUAUUCCCCCAUUUUACUCGUUUUUACGCGUUUCCAUUAUUCUUUCUUUCCUUCUUUCUUUCCUUCUUUCUUUCCUUCUUUCUUUCCUUCUUUCUUUAUUUCCUUCUUUCUUUCUUUCUUUCUUUCUUUCUUUCUUUUUUACCUUUUUUACGUUUUUUUUGUACUUCCUUCCUUCCUUCCUUCCUUCCUUCCUUCCUUCCUUCCUUCUUUAUUUAUUUAUUUAUUGAUUUCAUUCCUUCUUUCUUUCUUUCUUUCUUUCUUUCUUUCUUUCUUUCUUUCAUCAAUUCAUUCAUUCUUUCUUUCUUUUCCUCCAUUCCUUUCUUUUAUUUCUUUCGCUUAUUCGACAUUCUUUCUUUCUUUCUUUCUUUCUUUCUUUCUUUCUUUCUUUCUUUCUUUCUUUCUUUCUUUCCACCUUCCUGGCGUGAUUUCGCGUUCAUUUAUUCUUUUUACCACUUAUUCAUCCGCUCAUUCUUGUUUCUUUCUUUCUUUCUACUGA